GGUGGUAGAUUGCUGGGUUAAGAUAUCGGCGGGUACUGACAUGUAGAUGGAGACUUUGUUGCAGGAUACCUACCUAGGUAUUGGCAGAUAUUAAAAGGUAUUAAGCAGAUAUUAUUAUUAUUAUUAUUAUUAUUUUUCCUUCGUAUUUGCAAACUACACACCGACAGAAUUCUUGUCAGUUAGAAAAACGGAGCUCACGAUGUGCCAAGCCUAUAAAUGGUGAUGAGUAUCCUAUAAGUAUAAUAGGUAUAAAUGGGGAACGUGGCUCGAUUAGGAAUUCGUCCCAAUUUCUUUGAUUAACGUGUGCAUUGUCCCUCCGUCCAUCACUCGGAUCCAUGAGCGACCCAUGGCGGUCCAUCACUUGGCUUCUCCGAGAGAUCGUCUUGGAGGGUUUCUCUCACGGGCGAGGUGGACACGAUCAGGAGACGCAACACAGCAUCCGGUCCGUUUAUCCCCAGAAAAGCUUUUAUUACAAGCUUAAUUACGGAUCCGUUUACAAGGCCUAUUGAACGACCCUAUGGUAAGCGUAUCGCAAGCGAGCACGUCCGCGAUUUGCCAGUUCGCCAGCAAGAUACACGACGCUCACACACACCAGACACACCACAGACACACAUACAACUCUGCGGCACCACCACCACCCACCAUCAUCAUCAUCAUCGUCACCACCACUAUCACAAGCACCACCUUACACAGCCCAGUUUUAACCAAUUAUUUCCGCACCUUGCCAGCCCGUCUUUCGGUGAUCGACUUUUUUUAUAUUAUUAUUAUAUUCGUUUCCCGAUAUGGCAGUCUUUUCGCUACCACAAAUCCUUCCAUUUCUCACCUAUUCCAUAAAAUUCCAUCUCCCGCAUAUGGGGGAUUUGUGAUACGAUAUCGGCCGAAAAGGUAUCCCGCGCGGUCUUGGCUGCGUCGUUAACAUCGCACCCUCGCAGGUGCGAAAAUAAUAAUAAUAAUAAUA